GCUCAUGUUUGUUAUUCAUGAAGUUUGAAAGAGCAACUAUCGAUCAAUCUGUUUCACUGUUCGGUGCACUGGUGCGUCACUUCGCCUGUUGCUGCGGACGGAGGAGGCUGUGCGUUCACACCCACAUUCAACAGGCACCGGAUCAGAGCUGGUUUACGCACGGAUUGGACAGCAGUCCAGAGCGACUGCAGACCGACAUCGAGGAAGAUGGGGACGUUUUAAUUUGCGCGCAAUGGCGCCUAUGCGCAAAUCAUCUUCUGCCAAUCCAGAUUUGCGCUUCAAUAAGUAGAUUAAAGGACAAAAAAAGCAUAUAUUGAUAGAUUAGACCUUAACUGACUUCGGAUAAAAGCAGAGGAGGAUGGGGACCUCAUACAACGGAUCCAAUGUAACAUCGAAUUACACCAACCAGUUCGUGCAGCCGCCGUGGCGCAUCGCUCUCUGGUCGGUCGCUUACAGCUCCGUGUUGGCGGUGGCCGUGUUUGGAAACCUCAUCGUGAUAUGGAUCAUUCUCGCCCAUAAGCGGAUGCGGACGGUGACCAAUUACUUUCUGCUUAACUUGGCCUUUUCGGACGCGUCGAUGGCCGCUUUUAACACUUUGAUAAACUUUAUCUACGCUGCCCAUGGAGACUGGUACUUCGGGGAAGCCUACUGUAAAUUCCAAAACUUCUUCCCAGUGACAUCUGUGUUCGCAAGCAUCUACUCCAUGACUGCAAUAGCUGUGGACAGAUACAUGGCCAUCAUCCACCCACUGAAGCCCCGUCUCUCAGCAAAGGUCACGAUGGGAGUCAUCGUCAGUAUCUGGAGCCUGGCAGUGGUACUGGCUUUCCCUCUGUGCUAUUUCUCCACCACUCGAGCUCAACCCCACAGAACCAUCUGCUAUGUCGCCUGGCCUCGCAUGUCAGAUGACCACUUUAUGUAUCAUAUCAUAGUGACUGUGCUAGUGUAUGUGCUGCCCUUAGUGGUGAUGGGCAUCACUUACACCAUCGUGGGGGUGACACUGUGGGGCAGCGAGAUUCCUGGAGAUUCAUCUGACAAUUAUCACGGACAGCUCAGAGCUAAAAGGAAGGUGGUAAAGAUGAUGAUCAUUGUGGUGGUGACUUUUGCCCUCUGUUGGUUGCCGUAUCAUCUCUACUUCAUAGCAACCGGUCUCAAUAAACGCCUGAUGAAGUGGAAAUACAUCCAGCAGGUUUACCUGUCAGUGCUGUGGCUGGCCAUGAGCUCCACCAUGUAUAAUCCUGUUAUCUACUGCUGCCUCAACAGCAGGUUUCGAACCGGCUUCAAGAGGGCAUUUCGCUGGUGCCCCUUCAUCAAGGCAUCCAGCUACGAUGAGCUGGAAUUACGUUCAAUACGACUGCACCAAACACGCCAGAGUAGCAUGUACACGCUGACGCGGAUGGAUACCACCAUGGUUGUGGUCUAUGACCCUGCUGAAGGCAACGGCGGAGCAGGAGGAAGCGAGCACUCCCUGCCUGUCCGGAAGAGAAGCUACGUUACCUCACGCCAGUCGGAGAUCAUUGCCUCCAGCGGCACUGGUGUAGGUUCACAAAAUGGGGUCGCACCGAAAGCUGAAAUCGAGGAAUUUUCUUGAAGAGCACAUUUGCUGAGAUUCACAUAAAAACCUAAUAUAUAUAUAUAUAUAUAUAUAUAUAUAUAUAUAUAUAUAUAUAUAUAUAUAUAUAUAUAUAUAUAUAUAUAUAUAUAUAUAUAUAUAUAGGCUUGUGUGUGUGUGUGUGUGUGUGUGUGCGUGCGUGUGUGUGUGUACGUAAAGAACUUUAAGCUGCUAGGUUGUUCAAAAACAGGCACAUGCUGCAGUAGCUUGGCUCAGACACUGCAGUAUGUCUAGAAUUAAAAGUGGACUCUUCAGCAUGUAGAGAGGCUGUGCAAACCAUAAUCAUCUGCCUAUUUCCUCAGCCUAACAUGCAGUUCUGAUUGCAUUAUUUCUGACUGUAUUAUUUACAUAGCCACUGUUGUUCAAAUGAUACUUUAAAAAACUCACAGUUGAUAUACGAUAUCCUCAAUUAAAACUUCCUUAAUCGGCACUAAUGCCUGUAAAAAGAAACUAAUCUGAAAGUACAUGUUAGCAGUUAUGUACGAAUGAAAUAUUUUAUACAUGCCAUUGUAAAACCAUGAGAUAAUGUGAUUUGCAGUGCACACUCUCCAGCUGUUCACCCCGUGGCCAUGCAUGGCCACACAUGGACAAGCCUCUGCAGAGUUAUCAGUGGAAAAGCUGCUGACUGAACUCUGCUUAACACCAUAUGUGGCUCUGAGUUUAACUCUCGGUUAUAUAACAAUUGAACGGGAUGUGCCCCACUAACUGGCAUAAAGCCAGCGGUGAAAUCUAGUAUUUAUUUGCAGCUUAUCAAUACACAGGCUGAGGGAUAGUCUUACUGACGGAAACCUAACAAACCAGUUCAGAGCUGCGUUUUCCAAUUAAGCGAAUUUCCACAGUUAAGUGCAGCUCAUUUCUUUCUAUGGUUUUUACAGAAAUUUCUCAGAAAGCCUAAUGGUUUUGACUUGUUGCAAAUGCAGUGUUACUAGAAUGUGUUAUGCUAGACGAAUAAUUCAGUGGUUGGAAUUUAUAUUGAACCAUGUUAAAAGUGAGACAAUUUUAACAAGAUUUUUGGGCAACUAUUGUUCAUGUUUAGGUUUACUAUCAUUUUUGUACUUACUAUAAAACAGUCAUGGGGCAGUUUCGAUAUUUUCUUCUACUUGUUUGUACCCAGUAAAACGUGUUGGCUUUAACAACUUGACUGGAUAAUUUUUUUUCUAGUAAUUACCCAUUUACCACUUUUAAAGACUUUUAUCUAGUUUGAAAGUUGGCCAAACUUCACAAUGUUUUUAUUUUUUAGUUUUUACUUUAUUUUUCGAUUAGAACCAAUUAGAGUCAAAGUAAAAAUACCAAAGAAAAACACAUAGCACCGAUGAAAAGUUGAUUAUUUAAGCUCAAACACCACUUGCGGUGCCAAAAAAUGGGAAAAGAAGCAUUUGACAAUAAAAGAAAAAAUGUUUACAUAUAGAUUAAAUCUGACAGAAGACAUUAUGUUGUCUAUCAGGCUCAACUGAUGUGAAUAUCGCAUGAGAUUUUUGAAUACAUUUAACCUUCCUGCAGUCUUAAGAAAUGGGAUCACUUGGACUCCAUGAGUGUUUUCAGGAUUGUACUCACCCUGUGUGCUUUCUUCUUCAAGGUUUCGUUGGCUCUAAUGGUCUUAUUUGAAAGUGGUCAGAUAGGAAAGCAGGUUGUGCUUUCCUAUCACAACCUGAUAGGAUCCGUUCCGAGGAGCAGGCAUGGGUCAUAGAUUGUACUGUGGUGGUGUUCUACCUCUGCACCACCCAGUACCCCCCCACCACAUAUGGGCUUUUACUGGGAGUUUUUUGUGUGGUUUUGGAAUCUGAUGGUUUGACGGGAAAACUUCCCGGUUUUCCUGCUCCUACUGAUCACUGCACUAAGACCCCAGGAGGGUUAAACUUAAUUAAAGUCUACUUUUCUACCCUACAGCAGAACCUAGCUAUGACACAAUAUGAAAGUUUGCUUGUGUAUUGGUUUUCACAAUACACUAAUACACUUUCAAGCUAUCUCAUUAGAAAAAAGAUGUGAAAAUAUCUUUGUAGUUAAGUUGCCAUGUCAAUUAAGGCAAAACCUUCCAUAAUAAUCACAUUACAUCGUUUUUUUCCCCCAAUUUGACAUUUCAACAUAAGGGUGAGGCCUUAUCUUAGGACUGUUUAUUCACUUAUUUGUUCCCACAUUUCAUCAUUUUUUCAGCAAUCAAGCAAAAACAGAAAAUAAAACAAUCUUUACUACUGAGGAUGGCAUCACAAAACAACACAAGUGUUCAUUUUAAUGCAGUCAGUUGUAAUUGACACACUGGUUUCAUUAUUUAAGUGCAACUUCUAACUAAUCCUAAACUCUGAGAGUAGGGACGUGGCACUAAGUUUAUAUGUUUUAUCUGUUACUCCCCUUGGCCUAGUUAGCUGAGCUGCAGGUGUUUGUGUGUCUGCCCUCGUGCUCCUCCUCUGUGCAGGUGCGACUGAUUUGCUAAUCCAGAGCACAGAAUAUUUAAGGUUGGCUCUUUCUUGCUUUGUUGUCACUCUCAUCAUCCACUCUGCUUCCUCAUGCAUGUGAUGCUCUGCUGCCAGGCCUCAUCUCACCUCCUCUUUCACAUUUGAGUUUGUCUUCGUCUUUGCUUUGUAGCACUUCCAUAUACAUACAGCACAUCCAAGUAUUUGCAUUACGCUGCUGAUAAUGACAUGCAUAAAUCCUGUUUCUGUUACGACCCUGAGCCAGUCGUAACAAAUCUUAUAAAAUAUGAUUAUAUUUUAUUUUUUAUUUUACUUUCUGAGCUUUAUGGCGACUGAAUUCUAAAAUUUAUUUGGAGAUCAUUUGUUUUAUUCAAUAUGUAGUUCACAUAAACAAAUUUUAGUAUAAAUGUUAGAAUGCGCACAUAAAUAAAUUUUUUACAGUACAAAACAUGAAAGGAACCAAAAACAGCAUUUUUUUUUGUUUAAACAUUUGUUAAAACUUUUUGACUGAAAGAUAACACUGAUUUUAUUGUAUUGUAUUAUUUUUGAUUUACUUGUUGUUGAAGUUUUACUUUUGUACAUUAUGGUUACAAGUCAGCAUAAAUUUGAAUGUUUGGAGACUUUAUGAAAGUAUUGCCAUGAGAAUGUGAGGAAGUACUCUCUGUGCAUAUGAGUGUUUUGGGCGUGUACCAUUAUUUUUAUUUAUUUCUCUUCCCAGUUGUGUUCAGACUCAUAGGUCACAAUGACUAUAAUUUCCAUAAUCGAGAUUUUAAAAAACAACAAAGAAAAAAGUAAGCACAAAAGAUUGAAUGUUGCAGGUGAGUGAUGGCAUUGAGUAGAAUGCUAGCAUUAAUCCAAAAUAGUUAAAACUCAAGAUAUGGAAGCAUUAAGAUAGACAUAGUCUCUGUUCCAAUUGUGAUCAUCGGCAUUAUCACUCUAAUGCUGAUGAGCGUCAGUUCUCCCAUUUCUGAAAACAGCUGACGCAUUAUAAUACUUUAUACUUUGUGCCAUGAAGUUUAUCAAAAACUCUUAAUUUUCUUGCAUUAGAUCCAUCCCAUACUUUACUCCUAAGGUUUUAACGUCACUAAUGUUAAUAUUUUUGCAAAAUGUUCCACGUCUCAUUUCACUCAACCACUUUUAAGUUCUGUAUUUCUUUUUACUUUAUUAAAAAAAACAUUAUUUUAUCCAAUAAAAACUGUACUCAAAAACAACAGCUGUGAUCACCCAUUUUUACCCAUCUGAUAUUUUUGCUUGUUUUUGGUGGGUGAGGAGAUAUUCAUCGUCUUUGCCUGUAUUUAGUUCCACAUUGCUCACCCACACUUCCACAGAUUACCAUUUUAACAAAAAGCGCUGACUCAAUUCUUUUUGUAAUUUUAUAAGUAUUGACACACCAAUUUGCCAUCCAUUGUCUACACCAGCUGUUCUGCAGAAGCCAUUGGGCGAGAGGCGGGGUACACCGUGGACAGGUCCAUCACAGGGCAACACACACAGGACAAACGCCCCUGUACUUUCACACUCACUCACCUAAAGGCAAUGUGGAGAGACCAUUAAAUGUAACAGUCAUGUUUUUGGACUGUGGGAGGAAGCUGGAGUACAUGGAAAGAAUUCACAUGUGCACAGGGAGAACAUGCAAACUGCAUGCAGAAAAGCCCCAGGAUGGGAUUCAAUCCCAGGAUCUUCUUGUAGCAAGGCAGCAAUAGUGCCAACUUAGGCAUUGUGCAAACCUCACUGUCCCCCAUUUCUCACAGUUCCCUUAAGGCUUUUUUCUUCUGACCACAGUCAUAGAGAGUGGCAGACUUCAAGGCUUCUAGGUGUCUGCACACAUUACAGAUCCAACGCCACCAUCCAUACACAAUAGUGCCUUUCUGUUUUAGUUGACUCAAAUGGCUCUUUUUAGUUCAGAAGAGUGUUUUCAAAAAUAAAAGCCAGUGGAAAGGCUAGUGGUAAUUCAUACGUUUCAAACAUUAAAUAUUUUUAGUUUAUCUGGCUCUAAAAUAUGAUGAUAGAUGCCCUCUAAGGCAUUUGAACAUCCUUCUUUUUAAAUGUGUUGGAAUGUACAGUACAAUGUGCCUCUAUCUGUUGAAGGGUAACUGUUUCUUUUUUUUAUUGUUGUUGUUGUGCUUUUAAAGGAUAAUGUGUUGAUCUCAGUCUGAGUUUCAUUUGGUUUUCAUUUUUUACCAUGAUGCAAUAAAUCAUGUGAUCUCAUCUGAAUAAUAUUCAUGUUGCUUUUGCAAAACUGCAAAAUAAAUGGAAACUCAGAUUGAAAGUAACUGUAUUAUCCUUUUAAGCAAAUGCUCAGAAAUAAAAUAAAAAUAAUAAUAACAUUGAAGCUUUACAUUAGAAUAGAAUUAGUAUGAUUAUGUGGAAUGGUGAACUCAUGUUUCUACAUAAUUUCAAUGCUGUAUCAUAUUACUUUUACUGAGCCUGAAAUGUUUUGUAUUGCUUUGCAUCAGAUAGUAUUAAUCUUAUCUGCUUUGUGUAGGUUUAUUGCCAUGGUCCUCUGCAUAGUUUCAUGUUUACAUGUGUCUUUAAAUGUGUUCGAUACAACAUAGCUGUGGCUUGUUGCAGUAUCAGAAGAAAAAACAAAAAUGUAAAGUAAUUUUUAUUUGGUGUUGGUUAUCAAAAACGAUGGGAGAUAUUGUAGUAAUUCACAAUAUUUAGAAAUCUCAGAGAACCUAACUAUUCAAAUUUGGACUUCCACUGAAGAAUCAAUGGAAACUAAUUCUGUAAUGUUGGGUCUAAUAAAGAAUCCUAAGCUUGCUUUGUAAUUUCCAAUUAAUGCUUCCUUUCAGUUUUUCUGUAAAAAAAACCCCACUAUAAACAUGUGAUGCAUUAAUUUGCAUUCCCUUCUACUAGUAAACUGCUGUGACACAACUGUAUAAUAAUGUUGGUUUGAUUAUUGAUUCUGUAAGUACAAAUGCAUGUAAUUGAUUCUGCCUGAACAAUAAAGUAGUCGCAAUUGAGAUUAUACAAAUGUUGUGUAUUAUACAAUUUGACUUCAUAUAAAGUGCCAAUAUUUCUUGUUUUCUCUGUAUUGAUGUACGAGAUUACCUAAUAAAUUCAAACUGUAAUUGUGUCA